CCAAAUUCAAAACAAGCUCCAUGCUGGGAGUGCAGCCGCGGCCUUGACUGCUGACUGCCCGACAUCGCUCCUACACAUUGUUGGGUGGUUGUGCUCUGCAUGUGGCCAUGGCUGGCGACAGCUUGGGUUCUGUUGGCUUGGACAACCUGCCGGUGCCGGCACAGUAUCGGAAGAGAGUGCGCUGUGCCGGCCUUACCUCUUCGGCCUCGGCCGCUUCGGAGAGGUCUUGCUACCAGGCAACUGUUCAGUGAGAGUGUUUUCACUCGCCGGAGUAAGCGGUCGCUGUCAACCUGGUAUGGCCAGCCAGUGAUUCCAGACUCAGAUGUGAAAGCUUACGUCGACCUGGUCCUCUCGGAUCCCAACAGCCAAGUGAAUGACCCAGCAGUCCCAGAUUUCAUUGAACGCGAAGUCUAUUUUGUGGUGGUCCGGUUUGUCCUCCAGAUGCUGCACUUUGCAGUCGGCGUGAUUGACGAAAGAGCACUCUUUGGGCAAACCCUUUACAUGCUGCAGUAUCAAAGUAAAGAGCACAAGCAGCUCCAGCGAGCAAGCCUGAAUUUAACUCCUGAUAUGAUUGACUUCGCAAUGCGAGAAGUUGUCACCCCAUCCUCGCAGAACAUGAGAAUAGUGAGCAAGCUGGCUGAUAAGAUUCUCUACAAGAACGCGGUGAAGUUUGCACUCCGGCUGGUGAUUGAUAUGGUCUCCUCCGUGGAGUUGUCAGGAUGUGGGCUACGUGUCAGUGUCCAGAUUGAGGCCGACCCAUCCAGCGCGAAGAAGUCCUUGCAACAGUACCCCUUGAACCUCGGGCCUUUCGAGAAGUCCUGUGAGCCGCUAGUGAAGGAGCUGAUGGCGCAACGGACCAUUCCUUUGCCACAGAAGCUCCAAAAGGCCCUUUACAAGAAUUUGCUGCGUGUUCUUGCACUUUCGGCUGCGGCAGCGUUGCAGUCCUCGAAGCUCGAUGUGUUUGGCAUCAGUGUGGACCCGAGAUUCGGCAGAUAGAUAUCGCCGGCAGAUGACGGUUGAUUCCUUCCGUGGCCUCGCCAAGUGUAUACACCUUGACAACAUGGAGAUCCUUGCGGCACCAGAUGAGACUGCUCACCCGCUCCGUCGUGGUCAGUGCCAACGGGGUCAGACUGGCAAUUCUCUAAACGCUUAGCAACCAGCAGUGUUUGGAGAAGCACCGCCCACAGAAUGAUCAGAAUGAACAGAGUGAGCAGUGUCGAGAACGAUUCUAUUUUGUGUCACCCCUUCACUCAUGCCGGGGUGUGUGUAAAAGUGCGAGCGCGUAUCCGCACGCACACAUGAUGUCAUA